AUGCUCGACCGAAUUUGCGGUUUGUUGAAGGAGGUCGGGGAACUUAAAGGCUGGAUUGCAAAACGCUUGGCCGUCGUUGUUGAUCAUAAGGACGAGACUAUCAGUCCCAAGAACUUUGCAGUCAUCAAGGUAGAACAUUCGCCCCCCUCAUCCACAGUAGUUUGUUUCAGAUUGGAUACUAAUUCGAUUUGGGAUGACGCUCAGUUUUUAUCCAUGCAACGCGCUUGCCAUUAUCUGAUCGGUCGUCUAGUUCGCGACUAUGCUGAGGCAAACGAAGAUUCACGUUGGGUUUAUCUUGUCGGAUUGGCCACUUUACUUGCACGAGUGGGAUCCUCAGUGACCUCCCUGCAGCAUGAAAAGAUUAUACCUUUGCUACUUGAGGCGUUAAAGCUACCUGAUGUGGACGUUAAGUUGGAUAGCUUGGUGACCAUCCAUGACCUGAUUGAAAACGACAAGCGAGGGACCGUCUUCGAGAAUCACUUAUCUUCUCUAGUAUCGGCCUUGUUAAUCAACUGUACCUUCGGAAGGGGUAGCAUCAAUGGCGAAGACAGGUCCAAGACACCUAAUGACUCAGCGCCAAAAACGGGAGGAACAUCUGCGUCGGUCAGGCUUUUCGCGCUGAAGAUUCUGGCACUCCUGCCGAGCAAGGCCGGCCACCCGUCGUCCUCAACCCCCGGCCCUUCCCCGCCACCGUCCGGCCUGCCAUCCAAUGUCGCCAAGGGCGUCCUACAAGGCCAACGGAACAAGGUGUUGCUGGCCCUGUCCAGUGCACUCGACGACCCCAAACGCGACGUCAGGAAGAUCGCCGUUGAUUGUCGCGCUCACUGGUUCUCUCUAAACUUGACUUGAUUUCGAUCAUGGCACCCCAUGCGUUCAACUUACCACAACUACUCCUUUUCCAAAUUUUUAACCGUUUUCUAUCGUUCAUCUGCUUUUCGAUCUAUUUACCAUGACUUUCGAUUACGGAAUACACCAAUCUUACAUAGCAUGUAGUCGAGAAUUACAUUUGUUACAUGUGUAUGUAGUCAAAAUACUGUCCCCCUAGAUUUCAUAGUAUGCGAUACCAACAGCCAUACAUCGGCAUAUUUCACUCGGGAA